UCUACCUUGGGAGUAUUGAAUCAAAAUGAUUUUGCAAAACGCUUUAGACAUUAAACAUAAUAUCUACAGAAAGAGAAUCAACUCACUUAUGGCAACAAAAUAAAAUUGAAAUUGCGAAAAAUAAAAAGUGAAGCGCUGCCGAGAAAAACGUGAGAAUUUCACCAAUAUCAGAGUCACGUGCUACGAAAAGUGAGACGAAAAUAAAGAAGCAAAUACGCUGUACAUGACAAGAGAAACAAUGAUUAACUGUACUUUGUUAUUUCAAUUUUAAGACACUUUCGCGCAUUCGUGCUUAUUUUGUAAAUGCACAGUACAGAUAAUAGCAUAGUCUAUACUAACAAAUUUAUGUUAAAAGACGGAACAACAUCAUCAUUUGACAGAUUAAUUAUAAAGCUGAUAUUACACGUCAGCUGCAAAGUCAUCAAUAAUAGGUGUCGCUUCCGUCACUGCCGCCAUUACCACUCUCGAGACGUCAUCGUUUAACCUAUAUCUAAAAAGUAAGUCAAUUCAUCGACCUGUGACUUUCAGCGCGUACUACCAGCCGCGUGCAACAAAAGCGAAUCGCAUGCACUUGACGGUGAACGUGACAAAGUCUGCCGCGGAUGAUGCGCCGAUUGCAAAUGUCAAACAAGAAAAAUGCCGGACUCGACUCAAAGUGGGUCGUGUCGACAAAGAAAGCGAGGCGAGGCGAGGCGAGACCUCCCGCACGUUUUUCCGAUAGCUUUUAUCCGCGCAGUUAUGUCGGUUAGUUUCGUUUCUGGCGCGUUAUGGAAGCGCGCCAUUUGGUAUUCAGGCCUCAACGCCCACCCGAUAUAAUAUGCCAAACGUUGCGCGCCGUCAUGAGACGAGAGGCCGAAUAAUAUUCGAACGUUAGAUUGUACUCACGAAUCGAUAUUCGCCUACGCGAAUCAGUGCGUAUGAUUGCUCUCGAUAAUCUCAAUGAUGAUGGCGAGCUUCUUCUCGCACAACGGAGGGAAAACUGGAGGACUGCGACUCGCGUUCCCGCAAGAUACAGGGUGACUAGACGUUCUGAUUUUUGAGGACGUAUCCUUCUUUUCCUUUGGAUAUCCUCGAAUGUCUCUAGAUGUUUCUAAAUGUCGCAAAUACGUUUCAAAUUGCUCUUAAGUUUCAAAAACUUACAAUUAGCCCGUGAAAAUCAAAGACUAUAUAGUGCGCGCGCGGCCGGGCGAGAUUGAUGUUUCUCACUGAACGGGAAUGUAUGUUUUAGGCACGUCUUCGACGGAAGAAACGAAAUUGAGUUUCAUAGGUAUAAUGGGCUCAUCGAUGAUUUCUACGUUAAUCUCACAUAGAGAACGACCACUAUGCUCGGACCGGAGUUUGCGAGCGGUUGCCAGGGUCGGCCAGGCGGUAAAUUUGGCGGUCGAGAGAUUCGUGACCGUCGGCGAAACUAUCGCGGACGACAACCCGGAGAUCAAACAAGACAUGUACGAGGCGUGCAAAGAGGCGAGGGUUGCAGGCUCAGCAAUCGAGAAAUUAUGCGAAUGUGCCUUGGAAGACAGCUUGGCUGACCGAGGUUCCGUCGUAAGAGCUGCCAGAUGUCUCCUAGGCUCAGUGACAAAAGUCCUCCUCCUGGCAGACAUCGUCGUGGUCAAUCAAUUGCUUCAUGCCAAGGAUAAGGUCGCCCGCAGUCUCGGGCGUCUCGAAAGUGUCUCGAAUUUCACAGAAUUCGUCAAGGCGUUUAGCCAAUUUGGAGGAGAGAUGGUCGAGUUGGCACAUUUAACGGGUGAUCGUCAGAAUGAUCUCAAAGACGAGAGGCGACGCGCGCAAAUGGCAGCGGCCCGACAAGUAUUAGAGAGAAGCACCAUGAUGCUACUCACGUCCAGCAAGACAUGUCUAAGGCACCCCGAGUGUCCAUCCGCUAAGGAGAACAGAGACACCGUUUUUUGCCAAAUGAGAAGAGCGAUGGAUCUGAUACAUUACGUUGUCAAGGACGGAGUAUUAGACUGUAGCGAAUCUCAAUCCUACUCGAAUUCACAGAGUCCGCAGCAGGAAGACUGGGAUAGCAGUACCGUUUGCUCAGCUUUGAAACACUUCGAAAGGCUCGUCGAAACAACGAGGAUGACCCUGCUAGGACCGGGUUGUCGCGAAACACUUACAUCAGCGCUUGAAACAGUGGUCGAGAGGACACAAGACUUCACCGACAGCGCUUAUACGAGUCACGAGCACAGAGAAAAUAUUCUUCUGCUUUGUGAUCGCGCGAAACUCGAGCUCAAUACACUCUUACGGAUCGGCAAUAGUAUGAAUUACGAGGGCGGCGGGGGUUCACCCAGCUCGGAAAUGGAACAAGCGGUGAUGGGUGUGUUACGGGCGACUAGAGACCUUCGCCAGCAACUCAGCGCGACGACGAUGGAACAGGCCGGCGAUCUUGGCCAAGUGACAAAAGCCGGUCAGGAACUCGUGUCAACGAUCAGAAAUCUCGCGUUGGCCAAUGACAUCGACCGUCUACAAGAGAGCAGCGACAGGUUCCACGAGUAUAUCGAACACAUUCUCGAAGUAUGCAAACUUCUAAGACACGUUGCGCUUUCGGAAUCGUUGCAAGUGUCGGCCAAGUUCACGGAGAUCAACUUAAGAAUAUAUGGUCCUCAAGUCGUAACGGCCGCGCAUACGUUAGCCAGGCAUCCCACCAGUAAAAUAGCCAAGGAAAAUCUCGAAGUAUUUGCUGACAUGUGGCAGUGGCUCAUGACUGAUGUGACGACAGUAGCGAAAGAUGUUUUGGAACUCAGUCAAAACCGGCCAGAGAAGCAGGUUUACAUGUCUUUACCGCGGCCAGGGAAACAUGGUACGACGAGCAAACCGUUAAAACCAGUACGGUUGGACAGCGAGGAGCAGGCAAAGAUCGCUAAGGCAGGACUCGAGAUGAAAUUGAUAACCUCGGAGAUGGAUGCCGAGACGGAAAAGUGGCAGGAGAGCGGAAGCGCUCUAGAAGAGAACAACGACAUCGUAAAACGAGCGAAGAAUAUGUCGUCGAUGGCAUUCUCGAUGUACCAAUUCACGCGAGGCGAAGGCGCCCUGAAGACCACCCAGGACCUAUUCACCCAAGCUGAGUAUUUCGCCGAAGAGGCAAACAGAUUGUACAAGGUUGUGAGACAAUUCAGUUACCAGGUACCAGGUGGACCACACAAGAAAGAUCUCUUGGAAAAUUUGGAUAGAGUACCAACUUACGUUCAACAACUGCAAUUCACCGUGAAGAAUCCUACCGUCGGCAAAGCCGCCACUUUUACAAAAGUCGACAAUGUCAUACAAGAAACGAAAAAUCUCAUGAAUGUGAUCUCGAAGGUGGUCACAACGUGUUUCGUCUGCGCCACAAAGUACAACCUGGAUUUCCGAGGUCUGUCGGCGCGCGGGGCCGGCGGCUCGCCGUACAGGGGCGGAGAGGGCGGGGGAGCUGACGGCGACGGUGGCGGAGUUGGCGUCGACGGCAGCAAGACGGGCUCCGCCCCCGGCAGCGACCCGUCCGUCUGACAGUUUGGGAUGGCCCGACGGGCCAAGGGGGACGCUCGCCGCACCCGGGUUUCCUUUCUGCUUUUCUAGGGAGAACCUCGCCUGCCCCACCGACCAUCAAAGCGACGUACACGUCGACCGGAUGUCGCGGAAUUGUCGUCAAGAACAACUGUCGGCAAGUACCGCGACGACCGUGCGGGAUACAGUAUUCGGAGGUGCCUCGCCUGGCCGGGAUACGUUCGUCGCCGUUUUCGCGGAGGCGACGUAUUGCGCGUAGUAACGAUAUUCGGAACCUGUGCGUGAGGAAAGCGUUCCUCCUGGACGCCCUGAUGAUUUUUGGUAUUUGAAAGCAGGAGAACGGAUUCAAUUUAACGCCUUCGCGACGUAAAAUGAGAACGAUCGCGAAAGUGUUGAUUGUGUGAAAGAAUCCUGGUUGAAACGUUAGGAUUGAUCCAGUCCGCGGUGAUACUCUCGCAUUUCGACCGGAGAGUAUAAGCAGUUAGUCUCAGUAUUAAUCAACGAUUUAUGAUAUGAAAAGGGUACAUGUACUUGAAAUGUUGCGACGGUUCGAUGUGCUUGGACAAUCGUUUAAAGUGUAACGAAGAUAUACUUGGUCGACGUGUACGUUUCGCCAGAUCGUUUAGUUGUAUACUUUAACUUGUAAUAAUGAGAAACAGAUUUACACGCUUCUGCUUGUUAGUGAGCAGGUCUCAGAUGUACGUCUGAUUUUUACUCCAAGCAAAUGAGUUUGGGAGCACACUUAUUUACACGGUCGAGUUCCGCCGUGCCACGCGUGGCGAUCGAGGCGUGGGAAAGCGAAAAAUCGAACCAACGAGUUGGUACCACGUGGAGUUGAGUGUGAAAGUGACGGAUAAAAUGUGCGCUAUCUAUGUAGUUUACGAGAUUGCUCUUUGAUUCGAUUACGUGAUCCACGCUUUGAUCGUUGGCAACACCGGUCGCUACUAAAAAUAUCGAAUAGCAAAAGCUGCUCGCGAACAAUGAAAUUCAUUUUUACAUCUUACAAUUAGUGUAAUUAAAUUAUUUUCACGUUUUCACGUUUUCAGCAAUAAAAUUUCUAAGAAUGAGGUUACGCUAAAUAUUGCGGCGUUACAUUUCACUGCUGCUACUACGUUAAUAACAGCAUCACUUGCCUGCUGUUACAUUUUGCACGCCGUGUUUAAGAGCAUUCCGUAACGUACGUCGGUUUAAUAAAUUACAAAAUUAUACGCUUCCAAUGAUUACGAUUAUACGAAAGUGAACUCUAAGUGAAUUCAUUUAACACGCAGUACGUUUUGUUACGACGCUAAGCUAAAGUCGCUCAAUACUUUCGGCGUACAAGGAAGAACAUAUCUUGCAAAUACUUUGGAUCUCAUUUUCAUUAUCCUCGCGGCGAAACUUUUCCGCUGAACAUACGACUGCGCACAAACAAAUCAUUCUUCCAUAUCGAGAAGUUGGUGCAACGACAAUAAUUAACAAAUGUCGAUCGCAGUGCCUUUUAGGUGUGAAAACUUUGUCGAAACUUUGCCGGGGUUCAACCUCAGCUCCCGAAGUGUUACGCCAACUUCGGUAAACAGAUUAUGCAGAGAGGAGUCUCGUAUUAUACUUGCAAGAAAAUAGCUCGCGCAUAUACAUACAUCUGCAUGACUUUAGCGCGUGAUCGUCAAGGCGUACUGUAUCCGCGAGAAGCUUAAAAGCUCUCUCUGUAUAUCUCUCUCUCUCUCUUUCUCUCUCCAUUCAAAAGCAAAUCGACGAAAACUAAGCAGCAUAUGAAAAACCACACACGUCAACGAACGACUUUCCUUUCUCUCGCGUUGCACUCAAUUCACUGGCUAAUUAGAGAAAUUUGAACAGUGGCGGUCUCUAAAGUCUUUAUACGAGUCUGCUCACAUAAGAGUGAGUAUACUCUCUUUUCUUACACUCGCUAACAAUUUUAUCCGCCAUUCUUCAAAUUCCUCGUAGCAUAUCCACGUAUCUAAAGAUACUACAGUAUUUAAGCACUGACCUUGCAAUUAAAAAUCUUUUUAAAAAACGUAUCGUUUUUUCACGCAACUGCGAUAUUUACGAAAAAUAAUGCAGUUAAUCGAGUCUUCGUAGAAAAAAAGACACUCGUGGGGCAGGAGGUCUAUCGAGGGUGACCUGGGGGCGGCAGCAGGGCGGUCAGGGACGUACUUUGUGGCAAAGACGUACAUUCUGUCACCACUCGAGAUCGCAAGCUGCAAGUCAGCUUAAUUUUCAUCACUUGUACAAAACGAAUUGACUUGUCCGAUUUGACGAUAUUUGUAAUCACAUGAAUAUAUUAAAGUUCUCGUGAGAAAGAGACCAAAGUUGAGUUUUACGAUUGUUCUCAAAUCGGAUACUUCCGGGACAUUCAUCGAAAAAAAAAAAAAAAAACAUCAAAGUUCCUUCUCGAUGCCACAAAGAAAAAUGAAAAAGAGCGAUAAUUACGUAGAAUCGCUUUUGAGACCGUUGUAAACCCUUCAAAGAAACAACUCGAACCAUUUGUUUUAUCAAUGUAUCGAAUGCGAUCUAUCGAAUCUAUUUAUCUAUGUAUCGAAUCAAUUGAAUUGUAAAUACAAGCGUGGGGUAAAAAGUGAAGAUAGAUUCUCAAGCGCACCACGAUGGUAGCACGCGUUCACGAAGAGCUCGAAAUUAUUCUACAUUCGCGGGAUACCCAAAAAUUUCAGCAUGUUCGAAACAAAUUUCUAGCAAUACGUGAUAGAGAAUUCGCCCGAGUAGAAUUCGCAUUAGUGAACUGCAAUCCGGCGAUUGCAGUCGUCGAGUUCCCUUCGUAUGCGCGAAUGCUCGCAAAUAUGUAAAUGGCGGAAGCGAAUCUCCUGCAGAGACGCCGGAGGUUUGCUCCAGCAUGCGAAAUCGCCGCGAUUGAACAUGGUUUCACCACAAAUAGAUGCUAUGUAGAGGUUUCACGAUUUCUCCUCGAUGUGCGGCAAGAUUCACGAGAGGCACAGGGAAUUAUAUAUCGGCCGAUUCUUAUAAUCUUCUACAGGCACGACAGAACAUAUAUCGUGACGAUAACAAUGAUAACAUCGGAAUAUGUUAUUGUUGUUACCUUUUCCUUUCAAAAAAAAAAAAAAAAAAAAAAAAA